UAUACAGUUUCCUGUGAUCAUAGAGGACAUCAAUGACAAUGCACCCCAUUUUGAAAAUGGUGAAAUACACCUGAGGGUGUCUGAGGACAUGACUGUGGGGACCAGUUUCUUACUAGAUGACCAGGCUCAGGACCGCGAUGCUGGACCAAACAGCGAGCUGCAUUAUCACCUCGAAGAUUCUGAAGGAGUUUUCAGUUUAAAAGUGGAACAAGAUGGCCGCCUCAUUACGCUGGUUUUGCAAACGGCCUUGGAUCGGGAGACUCGUGACAAGUAUCACAUGGCACUCGUGACCACCGACUGUGGCUCGGGGCCAUUGAGUGCAACAGCAACUUUAAUAGUCACAGUGACAGAUGUUAAUGACAACUGUCCCAGCUUUAGCAGCGAUGGCCCUCGCAAUGUCACCGUCCCCGGCGACUCCCCGAAGAACACGCCGGUUACUCGGGUUCGAGCCACAGACCGAGAUUCAGGCCCGAAUGCUGCCGUCGUCUACUCCCUCAGUCCCAAAGUCUCCGCGCGCGCCAAGGAGCUCUUUAGCCUCGACGGCCUCACUGGGCACAUCCGACUAACACGGGACCUCCAGAGCGACACAUCCGAGGUGCUGCUGUUACACGUGUUGGCUAGCGGCCACCGCUGCCCCCCAGCAGACACUCAGUCUCACUAUCAACUGGAGGUGGAGGAAAACAACCAGCCGGGGAAGUUCCUGCUGAGGGUCUCAGCAUCCGACGCAAACAGUGGAUACAACGGCAGGGUGAGCUACAGGCUGGACAAACACACGUCGGCCAUCUUUAACAUCGACCCCGAGACAGGUCGGCUGUGCGUGUCCGCCGCUCUGGAUCAGGAGCAGCAGGGUGAGCUCACUGUGUUUGCACGAGAUGGCGCUCGCCUCCCUUGGAGUCAGUGGCCACCAUAUCCAUUCAUGUUCUGGACCAGAAUGACAAUGCACAUCUCACUUCAUCUUUUUUAUCCAUGAGAACGUACCCCCGUUCGCCCAGGUGGGCGGGGUUGGGGUGACCGACCCGGACGAAGGAGACAAUUGGAACACGGAGUUGCAUGUUGUAAACAGCAGUGGACCUUUCGUUGUGGACAACACCCAGGGGACGCUGCGCACCACCAACAACUUGGACCGCGAGGCAGACGAUCGCUAUGACCUCUACCUGCUGGCCAGCGAUCGCGGGCACCCGUUGGCUUUGACCUCUGCUGCCCGGGUAACCAUCUUCGUGGAGGACAUCAAUGACAACCAGCCGAAAGUGGUCCUUCCAAGCAGCAACUCCUCAUGCCAACCGGUCUCUCGAGCAACCAUUGCAGGCACCUUAGUAACAAAGGUAUAUGCCAUCGACGAGGACUCUGGGCUGAAUUCGGAGAUUACCUACACUGUUGUGGCGCCACCGUCGGUGCAAAGCAGCAGCCCCUUUUGGUUGGAUUCAAGGUCAGGGAACAUCACCGUAGCUCAGCAACUCCUCCAGAAAGACCUGGGAAUGCAUCACAUGCUCAUUGUGGUCAGAGAUGGGGGAAACCCGCUCCACUUUACACCACUAUCUGGGUCAAUCUGUUGGUGGAUGAGAGCAGGGAGAGAGGAGGGAGGAGGGAGAGAGAGGAGGGAGCUUAGACCGAAAGCCCACCUGGACAGGGACGUCGGACUUGGAUCAAACCCCCCCAAAAGCCCCCGUCUGUGAGGUGGAGGGCACCAGGUCUGCACAGCUGACGCUGUUCGCUGGCCUGCGUAUGAUGCUGGUCUCCACAUGUUUGCUUCUGGUGACAGUAUUUUUAUACCUGCAGCAGAAGAGAAACAGUCUAGAACAGAACAGGAGGGGACCCGUUGAGAAGAGAUUCCACUCAGGCUGACAGAGAAA